CUCUCGUCCUCAUCGGCAGCGCUGCUCACUGUCCACCACCGAGAUCUAGCGAUCGUUCUGAAUCCACCACGUGUUGCGGGUGCGUGCCUUUCAAGUGCAACUUCGAAUCAGUUUCUUCGUGUGUCCGCGGGUCUCCGUAUUCUGACUGCUCCUCGCCCGAAGCCCGCUGGUCUGGUUCGUUUUAGGAGUGUGUGUGAUUCGAAAGGAAGUGAAAACGAAGGCCUCACCACACAGAAAAGCCUCGUAGGGCACAUCCUUCGAUCGAUACAAUCGAAUCGAUUGAUCGGUUGACUGUUGAAUUUAGGCGUUUUCGUUUCUCUUCGUUGUGCUGUUCAGACGGUGGCGCGUUCCUAAUGUUCCCGUCGUAACCAACCGACCGACCGACCGUUCCAGAAGAGCCUCGAUACCCUAGAGGAAGCACGCGGACCCUUUUCGAGCAUCGUCCCUCAGUUUGCGGCCCGCGAAGGACAGUACCCCGAAGCCGCAAGGAAGGCCAUCAGUCGGCCGUGCGUUGUGAUGUGGUUACGGCGGCGAUGCGUGUUGUAAAUUCCGUGUCCCAGUCCGUGUCUCGCCAGUGAACUUGUAAGCUAAAAAUAGUGCCCCGUUGGCGAUCGGUCAACAGGUGAUCGCCCGGUCGCCCCGUACUCCGCCGCGUACCGUAGAAGCGUCUGUUCCGGUGGGCGUCGAUGCGCCAAUGUUGGGCAAGAAAGUUUAAAAGAUCUUGCCUUCUUCGACCCCGAUCGUGUGUGAUCUCUGUGCCUUGGACAUCGGACUUCGGUGACAACCGCGGCCUGCCUGAAACGAAAGAAGGGCACCGCUCAAUACCGUUUAGCGUGUGGUUCGGUUGGCCAGAAACCCCCCUCCCGGUCUGAAUGCCCGCGUACGCUGAGAUGCUAGUGUCGCAGAGUCCCUCGGUUUACAGCCAUCCACUGUCCGCGGCGGACUACAAGCCGGGAAACCCUGGGCCGCUGCCGCUGCCGCCGCUGGGUGAUCGGAGUGGAAACAUGGGCGAUAGUGGCGUUGUCCCAUACUACGGAGGUUCAGCGACACCGAGGAUGCACAACUACUGCCGACCGGCUUCACUGCAGCUCCCGUCCCCGCAUCCGCCGGCGAGUGGCCACGCACCACUCCAGCGACAGCUCACACCACCCUGCCUCAGCCCCACCGGAAGUGGGAAGGGCCCAUCCUCGCCCCUCCGUUCCUGUCUUGUGAUGCGUCCGGAAGACCUGACGGCCAGCGAGGCUCCCACGCUGAUCGGUGAUAAUUCGACGAUAGCGAUGGCGAUGACAACCGCCUCGACGGCGGCUGGACCGGCCGACACUCGUACCGGCCUCGGUGCCGCUACCGAAGCCAGCGAUGUCACGGCGGCCGAAGCCGCGGCCCGGAACAAGAAGAAGGUCGUGUUUGCCGAUGACCAGGGCGGCCAGCUGACACAGGUGCGCGUGAUGCGCGAACCGUCCUACAUGCCGCCGAUCUGGAGCCUCCAGUUUCUGGCGCACGUCACCCAGGGCAUGAUCAGCCCGGUGCCGCAGGAGCAGUGGGUCGUGGACUUUGUGCAGCCGGCCAGCGACUAUGUGCGCUUCCGGCAGAAGCUGGACGACCGGAACAUUUCGCUCGAGAACGUCAUCAUCAAGGAGACGGAGCAGCUGAUCGUCGGCACGGUGAAGGUGAAGAACCUGUCCUACCACAAGGAGGUGAUCCUCCGCUCGUCGUGCGACAACUGGAAGACGCACGAGGACACCUUCUGCACCUACAGUCUGGUCGGCAACGGAGCUGCUUCGGCGUAUCUGAUAUUCGACACGUUUUCCUUCAAGGUAACUCUUCCACCUAAGUCCAGACGGAUUGAGUUCUGCGCUUGCUUCAAGUGCGAUGGCGUCGAGUACUGGGACAACAAUGAUGGUCGCAACUACUCCCUGACGAACCGCAUCGCCCCACGGCAGGACUCGGGUGACUUUCUGCCAUCGUCGGGCGCCGGUGCGUUCGGUGCGGGUGCGGGUCGCAACGGCGGCACGGCGACGGCAGCCUCCGGCUUCUCGUCGCCCUACAUGGCUCCCGGUGCAGUGCUCGACACCUGGAGCGACAUGAGCGCCGAGACACAAUCGGGGCCCUACUGCAAGGCGUAUGGCUGCGUAGUGGAUCGUACGGGUUCGGAUGUGAUGGCACCCAAACAGCAACAACCGUACUGUGAAGCGACCGCCACAACCACACCACCAGCGAUGCGACCGAUCGAGAUGGAACUGUCCGCCGGCGGCGGCGACGGCGGUUGCGGCCGUGUCCGCACCAGUAGCAGUUCCCCCCACAACAGCGGUCCUUGGCUCGGUGAGCGGCGUGCUAGCACUGGGGAAGAGUUUGCACUGCUUGCAAACAACAACCAGUCCGGCCGGCCCGAAAGACCACCCCAAUCCGACACGACGGCCACCCUCGGGCGCAGUGCCAGCAGCGGCAAACUGUUCUUCAUCCGCGAACGCAACGAGGGCGAGGAUCUGCUUGCCAACCUGCUGCGGCUGCGCAAGCUGAUGUGUAGCCAAAAAACGUGAGCCCUUCCGUUUCCCCGUGCAAAUGCAACUUCUUCUCUGCUUGUUUUAGCUUUCGAGCCCGACACGUGGCCCCGAUGCUUUGU